GGGGCGGGGGCGGCGGUCAGCUCUGCCCCAGCUGGGUUGCCAUGUCCCGCAAGGCGAAGGACGACUUCUUGCGGCGCUACACAGUCUCCGACCCCCGGACCCACCCCAAAGGCUACACCGAGUAUAAAGUGACCGCGCAGUUCAUCUCAAAGAGAGACCCAGAGGAUGUCAAAGAGGUGGUGGUCUGGAAGCGGUACAGCGACUUCCGCAAGCUGCACGGAGACCUGGCCUACACCCACCGCAACCUCUUCCGCCGCCUGGAGGAGUUCCCCGCUUUUCCCCGGGCCCAGGUGUUCGGCAGGUUCGAAGCCUCUGUGAUCGAAGAGCGGCGAAAGGGGGCUGAGGACUUGCUUCGCUUCACUGUGCAUAUCCCCGCGCUCAACAACAGCCCCCAACUCAAGGAGUUCUUCCGGGGUGGGGAAGUGACACAGCCCUCCCAGGUAUCCAGGGACCUGCACAUCCUGCCACCCCCUCUGAUCCCCACACCGCCCCCUGAGGAGCACCAGCCACCACCUGAUGAGUCCUGGUUGCCUCAGCCACUCCCCGCUGAAAAGAGAGGCCUUGAGGAGUUGGAGGUGCCAGCGGACCCCCUGCCAUCCAGCCCUGCCCAGGAGGCCCUGGAUCUCCUCUUUAACUGUGGGAGCACGGAGGAGGCGUCUAGUUCCCCCGCCCGAGGCCCCCUCACUGAGGCCGAGCUCGCCCUCUUCGACCCCUUCUCUAAGGAAGAAGGUGCAGGCUCCAGUCCUACCCACAUAGGUGAGCUGGCAGCAAUGGAGGCAGAGCCUGAGAGGCUGGACCAUGAACCCUGGGAGCCAGGAGGGCAGCAGGAGGAAGAGGACAAGGAAGGAGGGCCUACCCCUGCCUAUCUGAGCCAAGCCACUGAGCUCAUCACCCAGGCCCUGCGGGAUGAGAAGGCAGGUGCCUACUCUGCAGCUCUGCAGGGCUACAGGGACGGUGUGCACAUCCUGCUUCAGGGAGUUGCUGGUGACCCAGCGCCUGCCCGGCGGGAAGGUGUGAAGAAGAAGGCAGCUGAGUACCUAAAGCGGGCAGAGGAAAUCCUGCACCUGCACCUGACCAAAGUCCCACCCUGAGCGGGAGCAGAGCCUUCCCCAGGACUAGAGCUCCAGCACUGCCAGCCACCCCCUUCUCCUCUCCCUGGGGCAUGGCCCUAUCUCCUGGUCUUGUAACUCCAGAGACCAUUUUUGUAUGUAACUGGACCAAGAAUGAGAAAAAUAAUGACUUCUCAGUUCCCUGACCACACCCACCAGCAUGAAAUCACUUCUGAUCCUGCCUGUCUACCUUGUGUGUGAACAGUAGCUCUGGUCAUUAAACUCUCUGUUUACCCUUCUAGAACUGGGGUCUGCAAACUGUGGCCUGCAGCCAAAUCUAGCCCACUACCUUUUUUUUGUAAGGCCCGUGAGCAAGAAUGGUUUUUACAUUUUUUAACAGUUGAAAACAUCAAAAGAACAAUGUUCUGUGACAGGUGAAAAUGAUAUGAAAUUUAAGUAUCUAAAAAUACAAUUUUAUUAGAAUACAACUGAGCUCAUUCCUUUAGUAUUGUCUGUGGCUGCUUUUCCGCUACACCAGCAGGGUUGAAUAGUUGCAGAGUUUAAUAUGUAGUUGCCACCUAAAGUCCCAAAAUAUUUACUAUCUGAUCCUUUGCAGAAAAUUUGCUGACCCCAGAUCUAGAAAAUGGGGAGAAUAGUCUCCAGGGAAAGAGAGAAUGAGAG